GAUUUCAAUUGCAGUUAUGCUCAUUCAUCGUUGCCUGCGGCUGAUCUUGAGUGACGUCUGGACUCUCUCCUGUUUACAUCGCUUCCUGCUGGAGUUCUUAGGCACCGCCCUCUUCCUCUCUAUCAGCCUAUCAGCUGUUUUGAUUUGUCCUCCUGCUGCUGGAAGGCUGCAACUAGAUCUGAAGAUUUGGGGCAAUCUGGGCUAUUUGUGCAGCCAGAGCAACCGAAGUGAACAGAUCACCCUGAGUAACCUGUGCAACUUGAGCAACAAGAGCAACUUGAGCAACCAUCUCCACUUAACUCCCACCUCUGUUCAACCUUCAAGCUGUCUUCAGGUGGCGCUGGUGUUUGGUCUUUCUGUUGCAUUAACGGCGAUCUGUGUGGGUGGAGAAGUCAACCUGAACCCAGUGGUAACCUUAGCAAUGACCCUGACCCUCAGACUCCGCCUGUGGAGAGCAGCACUGUAUGUGAUUGGUCAGCUGUUAGGGGGCGUGGCCUCUGCUGCACUGCUGCUGGGUCUGACCGGAGAUGUGACUCCAGCCCUCAACAAGGUUGCUCCAGGUGUCCAGCUCCACCUUGCUAUCAUUGUAGAAACACUGGCAGCCUUCCAGUUGGUCCUGGUUGUCCUGGCGGCAGUCGACACUCACCUUCCUGCUGUGAUGUCUUAUCUGCUGGUCGGCCUGUCUGUCAGUCUGGGUCACCUGAUGGCAGUAAGUCCCGCCCACCACCUGCAGAUUAAACGCCUGUCCCUUUCUAUCAGCCUAUAA